AUGCAGCUGGAAAUUGCGAGUCGUGCUAUCAAUAUGGCUCAAUUUGUGCAGGUAGUAUACCUGUCAGGCCACCUUCACCUUCCAGAGACGCUCUCUUCUUUAGCUGUUGCUAGUGCAUCGGACCGCAAUUUGCACCUGGCUUGGAAAUGGUGA